CUUCACUUCAUCGAAUGUCCAAGUCAACGUAGCCACGAGUCGGCACUUGCGGUCAUGAUCCUCACUUAUGCCGCUCAUGCCAAGGGCUUAGACUGAGCAUCGCCGCAAAGCCCCUACACGGCAAUUGGCCGAAUACACAUCGGCCAACUUUUCAUACAACACAGCAGUCUCGCAAUGGAAGCAGGAGGGCCAAGCUCGGAUAUUCUCCUGGCAGUGCCAAAAGCUCACGGCACAAAUCGAGGAGACAACAAUGUCGGGCUCUCAGAUGAACAAGAAAUAGCGGCUGCGCCGCCAUCGCCCUCGAGGUCGACGUAUUCGCCGCAAUUCUCCAAAGCCCGUUAUUCCUGGAUCCUGAGCAGAGCACGCACCGCUGGCGCCGGCGCAUCAAAAACAGCCUCGCAAAAUGAACCCCCUUCAGACAGGAAUGGCGAGGGCAGUAAAGUUAGCUCCAUUGUUGCAGGAGUCGCCGGCAGCCCCGCCUCCGCCUCGACCCUGCCGAUGCCCAACUCCCAGCCUCCCGGCCUCUGGGAGCGGUCCAUGUCGGGCAUGUCAGAGGUCGCGAGACGUUAUAUCCCCUCCUACUCGCCGGACCUGAAGAGGAAGCGCGCCUCCGACGAGGCCGACAUCGACUUUUCUCAAAGCACAAUCCCGUUCAAGGUGCCAGCGCGAUGCGCCCCCGCGUCCAUCAUCGGUGCAUCUGUCGCGCCGCCGGUGAGUGGCAGUCAUGGCUGCUCCAAGUGUGGCGUCCAGACCUCGACGGCGCAGAAUGCGCUCGUCGUUUGCCACGGCUGUCUCAAGCCGUUUCACCAGCAUUGCCUUUCUUGGACGGAUCCUUCAGAAAACGUGGCUUCCAGGCCGGGGACGUUCUGCCAAGACUGCCUCACUAAGAGCGGGGAGCAGUCGGGCGGCGCGAGCGGCGAGUCGCAGGAUCGGCAGUUCAUCGUCGAAAAGAUACGUCGCAGGCGGCUGGCAAAUUUACCCACGGGCGUGAUCCCUGCAAAGCCAGAGCUCGUCGGCUUCCUCGCGAGGCAGGCAUCCGGCGCAGAGCGCACAGAAUAUUUCCUUGGCAAGAAGAGGACGGAACUGCUCAACAUCCUUUCGCUUUGCGACCAGCUCAAGCCUCAGCUUCUCGUUGACAUUCUCGUUUCCGUGUCCAAGAAGCACCCCGACCUCCCCAUCUUUGACGACCCGGAGUGGAGGGAGAACCUCCCGGGUGCUACUGCUGCCGCUGCCGCCGCCGCCGCCGCCCCUUCCAGGCCCCGCGUCACGGCCGGAGCCAAGCCCCGCGCGCGCCACGGCCACACCCUCCUGCACCCCAAGGCGGGCACCCACAAGGUCAAGGGCAGCAGGAAGGUGCUGAAGCGCAUCACCGUCGUCCGGCCCAAGAAGGAGCCGGGCCUCGGCGGGACAGCACCACCCACAGCGAGACCCGAAGCGGCGGGUGCGGGGGGCCAGGAUGCCGCGGCGGGGGAGGCCGGGGGCGGGGAAGGAGAAGAGGAGGUGGUGGCGGAGGAGGAGGAGAUGGACGCCCUGCCGCCGACGUGGCCCAAGGCCGGCGAGGGCCUGUAUGCGAAGCUGCCGCCCGAGAGCGAGGACCGGCUCCUCCUCGAGGACGACAACGACGAGGAGGCGUUUAGCCACUUCAUGGUGGACAAGGGGGGCAAGCAGAUGGUGGCGGUCGUCCCGGCUUGUGCGUGACGCGCGCGCACGGGCUUGGGUUUUCUUCUUUCUAAGAUUAGGUGUUAUUGACCAUCGGGCCACGCCCGAAGGCGACGGCGACGGCGACGACGACGACGUUGACUCUGUUGCUGAUCAUUAUUACUACCUACCUUGGUACCUACUAGUGCGGUACUACCUAAGGUAUGCCAAGGAGUCAAGGACGGUUUACGUAGUAGGUACGUAGUACCUACAGUGGUACCUACAGUGAGCUCUUGUGGGGAGGGAAGGGGAGGCGCUUCUUGGGCGGUCCCGCGGGCGCAAGCUGCCCGCUUUCGUUGCAGUAGCACAACAUUGAAACGGGAUAGGGAUCGUCCCGCGCUUAUUAUACAAAAGACUGCGCAGGCGCGCCGGGCUUUGACCGCCGCAAAGAUGCACGUCACAUUUUAUUGUUCGUUUAUUGUUCGCACAUCCUAUUGUUCGUAUCGCCUAGAAACAGGACUACACACGGUCAGG